AGCUUGUAGAGCGGCAAAUAUUCUAAUAAGUCGCUAAUAGAAUGCUGACGCUCCGCCAUGCUGACCGCUCAAGCUCCGCCCACUAGACAGCUCCAGCCUCCAGAGCGGUAGCUCCAUGCUUUUACAUCCCCCAGCUUAGUGUGGUUGGUUCUCUUUCCUGUCAGUCACACAGCAGCUACACGGAAGCGUGGCGCCGGUGCAGUUUUCUGCCUAGCAACCGUGAAGCCGGCUUUAAAGCGGUAAUUUCGGCUCGUCGGAGUGCUCCUUUCCUGGACUUGGAAGUUUCGUGUGAAGUAAACGGCUUCGUAAAGUAACGGAGAGGUCCAGGCUAUUGUGGCCCUGUCCACCCCAGCCGCAAACACGGAGUCCUUUUCGCGGCCGGACUCGGGGGAGGAGCCAGGUCCCCCUGCUGAGGCCUACGACAUGGCGGAUGAAGCAUGUCGGACACGAAGUCAAAAGAGGGCGCUGGAGAAAGAGGUGACACAGAAUGAUAUUGUCAGCAAGAAGUUAAAACUGGAGACAGGUUUGUUGGAUGGUGAUCUCACGAUGAAGGCAGAACCUGGGUCUGACAAAAUGCCUGGACUUUUGAAAAGUGGCGAGGUGAAGGCCACUAUUAAAGUGGAGGUACCAACAGGAGAAGAGCCAAUGGAUAUGAGCACCUCAAAGAGUGAUGUAAAGAGAGAGAAGAGGGCACCCUCUCCAGAUGUUAUAGUUUUAUCUGAUAAUGAACCUUCAAGUCCUCGGAUGAAUGGCCUAACAAAGCAGGCAAAGGAGCCUAAUUCUGAAACGUUUUUGCUAAUACAGAGAAGCAGCCCUGAAGAAAGAGAGCGACUGAUCAAGCAACUUAAAGAAGAAUUACGGUUAGAAGAAGCUAAACUGGUGCUACUUAAAAAGCUACGCCAGAGUCAGAUCCAGAAAGAGACUGCGCCACAAAAGGUACCAUCCCGUAUUGGUGGAACGGUUAUCCCUCCUCCAUUAGUACGAGGUGGCCAACAGGCACCAGCUAAACAAUCUACACAGAUAGUUAUGCCACCUCUUGUGAGAGGAGCACAGCCCAUUUCUGUGUCUCCUCAGCAGAUGCACAAUAUCAGGCAACAUCCAAGUACAGGUCCACCGCCUUUACUGCUUGCUCCCCGAGCAUCAGUACCCAGUGUGCAGAUGCAAGGUCAAAGGAUCAUCCAACAGGGACUGAUUCGUGUAGCCAAUGUGGCAAACACGAGCUUGCUGGUCAACAUACCACAGGCAUCCCCAACUUCUUUGAAGGGUUCAGCUGGAACAACCGGAAAUGCCACCAGCAUCUCAAGCGGUAAUGCUAAUGAAUCUCCUGCUAGCCGGCAAGCAGCUGCCAAGCUUGCCCUACGUAAGCAGUUGGAGAAAACCUUGCUGGAGAUUCCUCCACCCAAGCCACCUGCUCCAGAACUUAACUUUCUUCCAAGUGCAGCCAAUAAUGAAUUCAUCUACCUAGUAGGUCUGGAGGAGGUAGUGCAGAACCUGCUGGAGACCCAGGGUAAAACUGUGCCACCACCUGCAUCUCAUGAGCCUUAUAGUUGUGCCCAAUGCAAGACUGACUUCACCAGCCGUUGGAGGCAGGAAAAGAAUGGGACCAUCAUGUGUGAUGUUUGCAUGACUUCUAACCAAAAGAAGACCCUGAAGGCUGAGCACACUAACAGACUGAAGGCUGCAUUUGUCAAAGCUUUGCAACAAGAGCAGGAGAUUGAGCAGCGAAUACUGCAGAGCUCUUCCCCUGCACAGAUAAAGUCAGAACAUUCUGUUCAACACCACUCUUUGAAACAGAGCCCCACGCCAAUUUCCCGUGGAUUAUCAGGGACCACCAGAGGUGUGCUGCAUACGUUCCCACCUACAACCAAGCUGCCUAAUGCAGGCACCCUUGCCAACAGAUCUGUAAAACAUGGAGAGCAUCAUGUGAACAAAACUAAUCUAGCAACUGGAAACUGGAAGAAAUCAAUUAAUGCAGGACAAACUUCUAGUCAGAGAGUCAUAGCGACACAACAAUCAAAGAAACAAUCAGUGGAGAUGCACAGGGGAGGGACUUUAACAUUUGUGAACCCUGGCCUCACUGUGCAUAAGUCAGCAGCUGUGGACCGCCAACGGGAAUACCUCCUAGAUAUGAUUCCUUCCCGAUCGAUCACCCAGUCCUCUACGUGGAAAUAAUGAACGGAACCUUCAGCAAUGACAGAAAUAAAGACAAAAAACGCAAAGUUAGAGAAGAUAAGAAAGAAAGGACUUUUUCUGGAUUAGUCCUUUUCCCAAACAGGAGAGGAACGAUUAUCCUCUUCACUUUUCCUUCUUUGCCAUUUUCUACUACACAUGGAAUGCUUGAUAAUGACCAGCCGAUGAAGUGUCUGUGCUUUCUAACAGAGGAGUGCACAGGAAAAAGGAAGCAACUUCUUCCCUCCCCUCCAACCCUCCCCCCUUUCAAAUUUCCAUCUAGACUGGCAUGACGUCUUAUACUACAGUUUGCCAUGCUCCAGAUCCAUACUUUUCUGCAUUCAGGUCUAAUUUCCCUAAAUAAACUAUAAUUCCCUCUACUAAGGCAUCAGAUUCUUUUCCAAGGUGUGUUUUCAAGAUGUAACUGGAUUUCUGUUUUCUUGUUUUUAUUUUAGAUGUUGGUAUUUCUCAUGGCUACAUUUAUCAGGUCCACUUCUGAUUCUGGGACAGUACAGAUCCAGUCAGAACAAAAGCAUUUUGUUAAUGCACAGAUAUAAAUAUAUUUAAUUCUAUGGAAGAUACUACAUUUAUGCCCUGCAGAGUUCUUUGUGGGUGUUCCAGCCUCAUGAAAAUUGUCCAGGCCGGAUGUUUCCACAAUAAUAGUUUCCUCUUGAACCCAGUUUGUAUGGUUCUCACUGGAUGCAAGUUUGUGAAGGGUUAGAGGAUUUAAAAAGAAAAAAAAUGAGGUAGGCUUGUACCUCGUUUAGGUAAAUGCUGCAUUGUUCCAGACUUUUUUUCUUCUGUUUUCAGAAUGUUUCAGUGGCUUUCCCCUCUUCUGGCUUUGCAAAAAAAAAAAAAUGUAACAAAAAAAGAAAGCCACGUUUGGACAGUCUUUUUCUGUCUUUCCACUGUAUCCUCACAAUGAAGUGUCCCUUUAAUUAUAUCAUGCUUCUAUUGGAAAGUGGAAGCGAUGGAUUGGCAGAGGGGAAAAAAAAGUACGCCUGAUAGUUAAAUCCUCACUUUGCCCUAUAAAAUAAUGUUCUUUUAAUCCUCAUUUGUUGUGUGGAUUUCAAUGUUUAGAUACUUUUUUGAUAUAUGCAGUUGCUUAGGGGUUAGGCUAUAUAUAUAUAUUUUUUUUGUUUUGUUUUUGUGGGAGGGAAGGGAGACUUUGUUUGUAUAAAAGGAAAAAAUAGAAUUUAAACUUGAGACUUGGUGUGUAUGAAAAACUAGCUGAAUGAGAGAAUAUUAUAUAUAUAUAUUUUUUUUUUCCAUUCCAGAUGUAUGGCUGUUUUCAAGGGGAGGUUUAUCCUUACCUUUAACCUUUCCAUUUUUCCCUCUUUCCUCUGCUUGAGAGCCGGUAUUAUUUUAAUUUGUAACUAAAUUAAAAAAAAAAAAAAUUCCCCUUCAAUCUUCAGCAAUAAGCACCCUUUUAUUUAAAUACAAUUUAGUCAUCUUUGCAAUGCCCUAAAGUGUAGGGGUGCUUUUUUAUUGGGUAACCUUGCCCCUGACCCCUGGAAAAUGCACCUCAGUAGCUGUUUUUUUUUUUUUUUUUUAAACCCAUGAUUGUAUUCAUUACAAGUAUAUAUUUAUUCAAUUACCUGUACAUUUUUUCCUUCUCAGAAUUUGCUUUUCCCCCCCGCAGGAGACCUUCUGUUAGAAAUAAACCUGUUUUGUUCCUCAUGUCUGUCCUAAAAUGAGGAAACAAUUUAUUUAAAUGUUAGCUGCUCUCCUGACUUCCUUAUUGUAUUCUUCAAGAGGACAUUUUUUUUUCUUCCUUUUGUUCAAACUAUAUACGCCUGAUUUUAGGUGGUACAAGUUUUUUUGAUUGUGGGAAAAGCAUAGUGUGUGUGAGCCUGCCAGAAUGCGUGGGAUCCGGGGUUGCCCCAUCACUGAUAGAACUAGCAAUUUCUAUUUAAUCACACUGGCCAGAACCGCAUUUCUGAAUAAUAUUAAUAAAUAACUAAGCCAAC